AGCGCGCAUCGCUUGUUUAGGAUCAUUGACCUUACGCUCUACUACCUUCUCAAGUACGAUAUCUAGAAUUUCAACUUCCCUCAUGAUACAGAUAUGCCGUGCUGAAGAUGGGCAAAUAUUUCAGAGAAACGCCACUGUACGCGAUAUCGAACGGACCGGAAGCCUUGAAGCUUUUGUUCAGCAAGAGACUGGCGUUGAGGCGGAGGCCGUCCUUGCUUAUUUGACAGACGGCCGACGGUUAACGAGCCACAAUGUUCGCGAGUUGGCAGGGUCUCAGGACCAAUCAAUAUUUGUCUUCAAUAAGUAUUAUUUGGAUUAUGAUCUUGAAGAAGUGUUGCGAAGGCUUUUGGUGGAGGCCGCAUUUCAACCUCCCAUAGAAGAAAGUAUCGCUGCCACCCCUCCAUUCCGGCCAUCCCAACUAGCAACUUCCUACCUCCGCACUGCGCAUGCACAUCACGAACAGCUCAACCAUCUGGCCAUCUCUCUCCAAUUUCAAUUCGAAGCGGCUCGUAUAGCGUCAAGAGCUCUUGAUAUGAAUGUACUCGCAAUUCUCGAUACCUUUGAAGGAAUUGCGACUGCUUCCAGAAAAGAACUGGCCAGGCAGGCAUCUUUGCUAGCAGGCCUCGAGGCCGACUUGGAAAUCAUUAGCCGUGUUAGUAUCAACACAGAGUUCGUGAGCCCUGCUGUAAGGAAAGCCAUUGAGGCAGGGGAGAAGCAACGAACUCUAGGCGACUAUGUCUCGAACGUGAAAAUGAAGCAGGUUGCAGAGACUUGUGCCAAAACACAUGACGAUCUGCAAAGCCGUUUUGAGGAGGUGGAACAAGCCGUGUCUCGACUGAAAGAAGGAAGUGAUGUAAUUCGAGUGACUGUCGAAGGCACCAAACCAUUAGAUGAUACUGACAAAAUAAUCCAUCGUGCUCGGGAUAUCUUCAAUGAGGUUGCCGACGCCACUCAUUCUCUCGAAAAUCCAAAUCCUGAGUCAGAUUUGAUUUUGAAAGAACUCAAGCAACUUGACGCCAAUCUUCGUGAUGAGCUUCAGUCAAUGGUCGAAGUCAAAAAUAAUUUUACACGACAAGUCGUGACCGCACUUAGGCACAUAAGCGUCCUCAAUAACGACAUUGUCCAAAUCCCACCUGUAUUAGCCGCCCUACAGGCUAGUUUUCGUGGCAAGAACAGUUUCUCCCAUAUUCAAAGACUCCAUAACAUGUUGUACGCUUAUGGAGCCACUGUCGUUGAAAUUGUUAGAAGGAAAGAGUUUGCAAGAUUCUUCUAUCAGAGAGCACAAAAUAUCCUUGAUGUAAUGGCGAAACUUUCUUCAAGUGAACGGAAACGGCGCCAGGUUUAUCGCAGUGAUAUCCAUGGCCAGUUACCGUUUGAGACCCGAGGGAUGGAGGUUGAUCCUGUCCCGACCAUAGAUUUUUCCUCUUCACUGGGUGAUGAUUCAGAUUCUGCUUACUCUUUAGAAAGAGCCGAUGUAGACGGUCUGUUACACGUUCUCGACGACCUGGAAGAACUUUCUCGCACGAGCAAUGACGGUGCGGCUCUGACCGCUGUUCGAGAGUGCAAAGCGUCGUUAGAUAAAUUGGUAGCAAAAAUGGAUGGGUUGGAAUCCGGAUUCGACCGAAUUGCUGAACGUUCGCUUCUAUCUGCUUCUCGAGUAUCACAAUCCAGACGCCGUUCUUAUGAGGCUGAUGAACAAAUGUACCAGGAAGUAGUAGAUCAGCUUCGAAAUACCCAGGAUGCCAAAACACAUCAGGAAGCUCAGUUCCAGGAAGAGCGUACAGAAUUGAAGGGGGAAAUACAUCGUUUACAGGCAGAUGUGAGGGAAUCGGGUGCGGAAACCGCCGGUGAGCGGGACCGAGCAGAUCGGCUGGAGCGGGAACUGCACCAAGUAAGGGCGCAACUUGAAAGCGAGUCUUCUGCCCGACGAAUAUUAGAGACCCGCCUGCAGGAUCAUACGGCCGAUGCCGAUGAACAGCGCGCUCAACUUGAAAAGGCCUUAGCUGAUGUUACAGAGCAAACUCGAAUUUCCGAGGUUCUGCGUUCAGAACUUGCUCAAGUUCGAUCCGGGUUUGCAGAUGUGAAGGCUUUGGAGGAGCGUAACUCCGACAAGAUAAAAAUGUUAUUAGAGGAGCAAGAGGCGAAUCUACGGAGAUUGGGAGAAUCGCAGGCUCGUGGAGACAAUUUGGAGGAACAAAUUCGGAUGGCGAGGAAAGAAAGCCAAGAAGUGAAAGAUGCAUUACGGGAGGCUGCAGAAGAUAAAGCGCAUCUACUCAAAGCACAAGCCUCGGAACACGAUCGGAUAAUGCGAGACCAUAUUGCAGAGGCAGAUGGGGACCGCGCAGUGUUGGAGCGACAAUUCUUUGAAGUAAAGGUUCAGAAGGACCAUGCGGAGCGGCAACUCCGCGACGCGAGGUCCCAACUCGAUGUUGCUCAUGCAGACGCCGUUGGUCUGAAAGAAGAACUUCAACGCGUGGAACACGAACUACGAGAGGCGAACCGCACCGAAAGUCUCCUUCGAGGGGACCUGAAAUCGGGCAAAUCGUCGCAAAGCGAGUAUGAACUGCGACUGGAGGAUAGCGAACGGUUGAUCGCUCAAAUUUUGAAUGUUGCGUUGGCAUUCCGCACUUCGCACAUCAAGGCCAUGUCGAUCGCUCAAGCCAUCGCACUCUCCGCUCAUCCCAACUCAUUCAAGAUGGGUCAAUCCUCUUCCAUGGCCGACUCAUUAUUUUCCUCGGGAAUGCGCCAGAAUAUUAUCCUAAAUGUUGACGAACCUCCACCACUCGAUCCUUCCGACCCUGUAAUGACCUUGGAUGCUCUCAGGGCAUUUGAUCACGACAUUUUUCUGGAAGCCAUCGCAAAAACUGGUUCGACCGUUCGAAAAUGGCAAAAGCAAUGUAAAGAGUAUCGCGAACGUGCCAAGGGCAAGAUAUCAUUUAGGAAUUUCGCCAAAGGAGAUCUAGCCCUAUUUCUCCCAACUCGAAACUCUGUCAGUAAACCUUGGGCUGCAUUCAAUGUCUCAUUUCCACACUACUUUUUGCAAGCCACCGGUCAUCUCGCGGAACAAUUAAAAACACGGGAAUGGAUUGUAGCCCGUAUAACAUCGAUAACCGAGCGCGUAGUUGACCGCGACGAUCCCACGAGCAAUCCUUAUUCUCUAGGAGACGGCGUGAAAUACUAUAUGUUGGAAGUUGAAGACUGGACCCAACCGGCCCAUGAUAAGCGUAAGGUUUCAAAGAAGCGCAAUUCUGACCCGAAGCCGUCUCUAGCUAGUAGCACACCAGCAUUGCCUUCAGGUCCCCCUGAGCCAGAAGUAGAAGAUACAUUCCAAGUAGCACCCACAACAUCUUCCCAUCUUUCCGCCUCCCGUACUCGUUCAAAUUCUUCGCCUACUAAUGCUCGACCGUCUUCAUUAUCACGACUACUAGCCCAAGCAUCUCCGGAAAUACCAGCAACGGAAAUGACUCCCCAACCGUUCCCUACUUCAGAGAACCGCCCGAACUCUCCCACUUCCUCGCCUCCACCUCCGCCCUCACCUCAACUUCCCAAACUUAUCAGCUCACCCCAGGUUAACAGUCCGCAAUCGCCCUUGCGUCCAGGUUCUCGUGCUUCUCGCCUCUCGACCACGUCCAGAUUCUCUGGCGGUCGUAUUGCGCCGUUCGGAAGCGUCUCUUCCGGAUCAUCAACGAAUAAAGCCAAUCCGACCACGGCUCUGUCGGACCAAAAUUUGGUUUCUUCCCCUUCUUCUGCUAGUAUAAGUAUCAAACGAAACGACGCUACCUUUCCUUCACCAGGGGGUUCUCCAUCAGACAUGGCAGGUACGUUAAAAAAACAUUUCCGGAAUAGGACUACUAGCUAUCAAAAUUCGCGCCCGACCUCGAUGCAUAUUCCGAAGGGCUCUCCUUUGACAAACAUGGAGACAACUGCUGCCUCCUCUCAUGCUCCUACCAGAACAUCAGCAUCGUACUGGAACUCGUCCUGGUUCAGCAGGAAGAAGGCUGACACCGCACAUCCGACAACGCUAGAUAACUCUUCUGCAGCAGGUUCCAUCCGUCCGUCAGACUCUGCCGCCAGUGAUAUACUGAAGCGUUUCCCUUUCUAACCUGUGGCGGGUGUUACGGUACCGUCGAUCGCUUUCGUUUGCUCCCUUUCACCCCAGGAGGUUCAUACACUACAUAUCCCACUACCCCAUUACCUCCCCUUACUUACUCCCCGCCUCCCCGCAAUCUGAUUUUUUUGAAUAUUAUUAUACUUUGAUCUGUACCCGUCGGAAUCUCGAGUCGAUGAACAGUCAUGCGACGAUCCUGUUGCUCACUUGUUGUUCCCUGCUUUGCAUACAUACCAGAAAUCCAUUCAACAUUAAACUUGUGCUACAUUGACGGAGAAUGUUCGGGACUUGCCAACCGGGCUCGCAAGCGCUAAAUUGUUAAAGACAGGAAAUGACACCAAGAGAUUGAUAUCCUUGCGAAACGGUA